AUGUACGGAACCAACCCAUUCGCAGCGCAAGAUGGAUGGAACGCAGGGAACGGUCAGUCCGCCUGGGAUACCAGCGUGCCCCCGCCGUCCGUCUUCGGCGCCCUCCCCUACCCCUCUGUAUCAUCAGCGCUUCCGGGCUCCAUCACACUCCGUUUCACGUCGUUUAGCCCAACGAUUAUGAACUCCAUGGUUAUCGGACCACGCAACGAGACAUAUUUCCGCGUCGUAACAGACGGGGGCCACACGCUGCUCAAAGAUUCACAGGGCUCAAAUAUUUCUCUGUUGGAGUGGCGGGAGCACCCCACAAUCGAGGUGCGCGGUCUGGUCACCAAACAGCCCACGGGCCAGUGGCUCAGACUCUCGACGGAGAGGAGUCAUCGAUUCAUGGUCCACAACGGUGUUGGCUACUCCUGGAGUCCCCAUGACAGAUUUCUCCAGCUAUCUAUUCCGGGCUCAUACGACGUACUCGCUCGAGUGUCGAAGACAUACGAUACUGUGACACUAGAAUUAACACCCCAUGCGAUCCAGCUUGGGCUAUUGGAGCUUAGCGUGCUGGCAACACUUCUAUUGCAGUGCGGGAAGAGCAUUGACUGA